AUGCAUACAAAAAUUGGAAUUUUCACGAUUCUAGAUCAGCCACCCUCCGGCGGAUUCUUCUCACUUAUUAGUUCCAAACAAAAAAGACCAACUGAUGCUCAGCGGAUCGGACCAGCCCUCAAAAAGCCCCGUCUUGAAUCACAGGAUGUGGCGUCUGCGGAGCUAGUGAGCCGCGUGGAAACCUUGAUGGCUAGUGGUAACUUAGCCGAGGCAGAGGCUCUCGUAGUUUCUGUACUAAAUCACAUAUAUGCCAACGCUACCUCUACCGCCUCUUUGGCCUCAUUUGGGAGUCUUGCUCUCACGCGAUCUGCAGGUCUUGCCUCCUCUCGUCUAUCCCCCACCUACACCAUAGGUCUAUUGGUCAUCGCAAAACAUGCUGGCGGACCCAGCCUCUUCGCUCGACCAGCGGUGUUGGAGCUGCUGUACUCUCUUCUCGCCCUCUCGCCCCGAGACCUUGGCAUGCCUCGGCUGCCUACCUCGGCGAUGGCAAACUUCGCUGCAAGGUCGCGGGGACUUUAUGCGUUUGUGGCGAAUUUGUUGUUGAUUGCCCUUGGCAAUCAGUCAAAGUGGCCUCCAAAGUUGAUUAAGAUCUAUUUGGAGGAUAGCCUUUCCGACCGCAUUUGGGUGGACCUCGACGAGUGUAAAGCUUUCGUACUCAACCUCGAGACUGCUCUGCCUUCGGUGACAGGCGACCCGCGGGGCCUCUUCACUCUCCUCUGCGCCAGUGGGCCUCCUGUACCAGGAGUGCAGGCAGCUUUGGGCCUUAAUCUGCCAUCAGCUAACACCACUGCAGCUCCGACUCUGUCUCCUGUCACAUCUCUUGAUUUAGCCGAUGCGGUGGCUGCGGGAUUACACGCCACGCGAACCUCGCAGUCUGCAAAGGUAAUUCAUGGUGGCGAUUUAGCACGCCUAGUCUCGCCGCGCUUUGAGUCAAGUCGGAGUGCAGUGGAGAGCCUCAUUACCACCACCCUCCGAGAGGCUCUCUCGCGUCGCAGCUCAAGCUCUGCUGGCUUGGGCCAUUCUCUAGCCUCCUCUACCGACCCUUCUGGACCCAGUGGCGAGGUGGUGCACACUCGCUGCCUCAUUCGAACUCUUGCUAUGGCUGCUGGUAUCCCGGAAAUCCGCUCGCUUGCGGCUCAGCGACUUGAACCAUGGCUUACAAACCCUAAACUUCAAGUCUUAGCUGUUGGUCUGUUGGCUAUAGUGGUGAGCAAUUGUAAGCAGGGCUCGGCUUCGUCAUCCGACAUCGACACCAUAGUCACUGUCGUCUUUCGCAUUCGACAGAAGCUGCUUAAAGCCAACAUUCAGGCCGCUGUGCUUGAGAACAUUUGCCGGCUGGCCGCUGUGGGCACUGCCAACCUAGCAAUCCUAGUCAAAUUAUGCAUGGCCAGUGAGUUACCAACAAUCGCAGCAAUUUGUGAGGCAAGUGAACAGGCCGCUAAACAAGCAGCAAAACAGCAGCAGUCCCAAUUACCCAGCUUGACGUCGCAUGCCUCAAAAAGUAAUGAAACGUCAUCCUUCUCCGACUCCACAAUAUCGAGUAUCAACGCGGUUGCAGUCAACGCGUCCGAGGCUGUCUCUAAGGGCCACAUCUCCGUUUCCUUUAUCCUCCCAAAACUUUACCAGAGGUUUCCUAUUGAAUGGACUAAGGUAGUAGCGGAGGUCCUCCAUGACCGAAUAGUUGAAGCCAUUACCAACCCUAACUCUACAUCUCCCCAUUUCGGCAGCCUUCCUGCCCAUCCCACGGACACACAACUGGUCACUAACACUCUUCGCCUCCUCGCUCCCACGCGGCAGCUGCUCCGUGACCUAGCCAAAUGGAUGCGGGGGGCCUUUGCAGCGGCGACAACACCCGCGGCAUCUGUCAGCGGUGGAGUCGGAGGCGGAGGUGGGGAAUUUCUUCCAUGUGCAGAACUGGGCUGUGGCAUUCUUCUUCUUGAUCGCUCCGUCCACCCAGCCUUUGCAGAAUCAGCGGUGAAGGUGGCGCAGUGCCUUUGGCAAGGUUGUGGUGGGCAGAGUUUUGGUCCCUUUACGGUCCUGCGAUAUAUUUACGCCGUAGUUCAUGUCGUCUGUCAGCUGCAGAUGCUCUCGGCUACUCGCCCUAACCUCUGUGAUGCGCCGACCGUUAGAAAGAAGGCUGUGGGUGCUCCAGACCCACUAAAACAGCACCAAGCGUGCGUACGACAGUUGCGUCUUCAUUUCCUUCGAUGGUUUAAGUCCUUUGUACCGAAUCUCAUCUCCGCGGCAGCGGUGCACUUUCCUGCCAUGGCACCACGUGAUGCCUUUGCGCAAAUAUCGCUUCUUCUGCGUCGUGCCUUCUUCCUCGAGGUGACAGCACCUUUCGAUAUUCCUGCCUCCAAUACGGCUUCCUCGUUCUCACCAUUUUACGCUGCAGAAGAGCUUUGGCCUACGGAACAGAACCAGAGGUCCAUCGUGUGUCACUUGACCUACGUUAACUUGCCUGAAAAACUGGCCAUUCAUGUGCUCCGGCAUGGUUUGGAGUCACAGUGGGGGCUGGUCAGUCCACCUGAUGCAGCGGCCAUCGUUUGCGAACUUAUCUGGCGCUCGACUGCUCUUUCUAUCGACCAUGGCUUGGAGUCAUCAAACUUCAGCAAACUGGAGGAAUUGAUCGACCUGCUUUACGCUUGCUGCUCAUUUUGCGCAGAUCGCGAAUUGCCAAACGAGAUAACGGAAAUGGCCUACAAGGAGCCGUACUGGAAGGUAUCCAUGGCAUUGGUCGCUCUGGCCACUCAUUCUCCGAAAGUUUGUGGUGCGCAUUUGUGGAUAAAUUAUCCAACUGUUCGGAAAUUAAUGGAGAUGGUCAUUACAAAUGAUUUCACAUAUCCUCUCAUGAAUACUUUAAGUGACACGACCUCUGUGGAGUCCGAGCGCCUCAAUAAGGAGCUUGAAGACCAGAUGAUUUUACGGCUGGAGACCUAUUUGUCUCGCCCCCCACCUCCAGUUUCAACCGCACAACAGCAAACUUCUUCAUCUGACGAGGAAAUGAAAAAGGAUGACGACGAAGUAAAGCCUGACCCCAUAGAGGGCUUAGUACCGCUGAUCACAUCAGCAGAAUCACAACUGAUUGGUCAGCUGAUCCAAAAUAAUCCCAGAGGGGCUUGUCGCUGUCCUCCAGACGAAGAGUUGGCAACUUUGAAGCGUCUCUCUGAACAACUUGGUCUACGUCGACGUCUAUGCUCUUGCAGGCAGCCGGAUCUGCUGUUAGAGUUGAUUCUCUCCCAAGGUCCUGAUUUGCCGCAGCCCUGGGUCAUUCAGUUGGUCGAGUCGAUGUGGCAGAGUAUUGAUGUGCUGCCUCUGCAAUGCCUAGCUGAGUACAUUCUUCACUCAAGCCUGCAACGCAUUCAGGCUGCCGAUGAGAAAGGCUUUAUGAAUGGAGUGAUUUUGGAGGUUCCGAUAUCACCAGCCUCUCGACGUGCUAAACAUCAGAGCACUUCCUCGAUGGAUGCAAACGUUGAAGCUAGUGAUUUGGAAAAACUAUGCGUUGAUGUCCCUUCGACGCCUAGGCGUGCUCGGCUAGACAGCACAUCAAGUAGUCUCUUUGCCCCUGAAAAAUUGUCUGCUUCUGGCACAGGGGUAGGACAGGGAGAAUUGAAUCGACGCCGCCUCUACAAUCGCAUUUUGGAGCGCUUGAGACUGCAAGCUCGAAGCGUACCCACAGACCUCAUUGCAUCGGUAUCAGGCCAACUCGGCUCGGACUGCGCUUCUCAUCAUCUUGUUGACAACAUCACCGAGGCAGUGCUACAGUCCUUCGGUAGUCGGCUUAAAGAUCCCUCUUCUUACAUCAGACGUGCCGCCCGUUAUUGUCUUACCCUACUGGCAAUAGAAGACGUUACAACGGCUAGCGUAGUCCAGCCUACGUCAGGACCGUUAAUUCAACCUAUGGAGGAGCUGCUCAAUGUAUUAAAUUUGCUUAUCAGUCUUCCGGGUCUCUCUGUAGCUAUCGAUAGACAGCAACAGCAACAGCAGGUCGAGUCUCUCGAAGCUGGUACAACUACUGCUGUCACUACUAGGGGAUUGGAUUUCAUUGGCCUCAUUUUGAGCGCCAUUCUUGUUGAAGAUGACGCUGUUCCUCUCAUGGCCUACAUCUUAUUUCUCGGCCAGCUCACGGAGAUCGCCUCUUUUGUGGCAUGGCGUCCAACCAUAACUUGUCUCAGUCAGCUUCUUUUAAAUCGGAAAACACUGGUUCGAAGUAUUUUUGAAUCGACAGAGGAUCUUAGUAUUCCUGCGCCAAAUCCGCCUCUAGUGGAAGGCUACUCUCAACUAAACAUGGAACAACAAUCGGAGGGAUUUCGGCAGACCGCAGGUUUCAUCGUUCUGGAAAAUAUUUGCCGCAUCUUGGCUCUCGAUAUUGACUACUACUGCACUUCGGCAAGUGUGAUUCCCGUCAACGAGAAAAAUGUACGAGUUUUCGUCCUUUAUACGAGAUUUUACUCCAUUUUUACCUUUCGGUUAGCUGUCGUUUUUCAACUAGGAGACUGUCUCGAUAUUGAAAGUGUAUUCGUUGCCUGGUCGCCGACAAGGCAGUGUCCAAUGGAGUUGGGGAUAAUUGAGUCACACUUAGUCCUUCUGUCUCAAAUUCCCCGACGUUUUUUCGCAACCAACGGCUGCAGUAAUAGCUCCUGGUGGGACCACCUCCUCAACACAUGGUUUAUUUACAACGGUGACGGAAUGUAUGGUCUGCCAAGUAUCGUUCCUCUGACCUCCUCUUCUACCGAAGGCAUGCAUACAAAAUGCGGUCUUGUCAGCCUCAGUGCAUCCAACAAGUUCUCCUUAUCUCCAGAACUUAGAUCAGCCUUUCUCUUCAAUGGCUUACCGCAACUAAUGUCCGCUGCUCUCUCCGAUAUCACACAGGAAGAACUUCUACAGGUUGUCUGCAAUACACCAGCAUUGCUGCUUGAUGGGAACAUGGCUACGUGUCUUAUUGACUGUGCCACAAGACUUCAAGUCAAGCCUUCAACACCAAAGCAGUUAUCCGCUUUUGAAGCACUCAAAAGUCGAGCUCAGCCGUCAAUCGUAACAGAAUUCACCGGUCCAAUCCUGACCACACACCGAGUCUUCGUCACUCCCAACGUGGUCACACCUCCAGUUCUGACGCCCAAAAAACCCAUCCAUUCACCGAUUCCUCUGGCGGCACCCAAAGCUACAUCUUCACCGGUAGCGAAACAACCCGCAUUUGUCGUAGCCGAGACAAUUGGAGUAUCGAGUUCUAAGCAAUCAACGUCUGCUGAUACACGCGAACCUCCUAGUGGAUCCAAGAAUCUAUGGAGAACGUUCUUUUCAAGGUUAACUGAAGCUGCAAGUGACUUCGUGUCUCAGUCUGAGCUGUUCUGUUACACUCUAGCGCGAGUCAAUAGUUCCAUCACCGUGAGAAAUCGGUGGAUGCAGGAUCUCGUCAAUGAGUUACAGGCGGUCAACAUCUCGUCAAAAAGGGGGCGUGCGGUUUCCACUGUAGCACCACUGGCAUAUGUUCUCAGGAGUCUUCCAAAUUUGGCCGCCGUAGCAUACGCUUACUCUCUCAUCCGAUACACUCUUGCCUCGGGGCUCUCCUCUUCCGAUCAAAAAACAGUCAGUCGUUAUCAAAAGUCGGCCGAGUUCUGCAUGAGUGAGUUUGAAAAAAUCUCAUUUCAUCCACUUCCACUGAAGCAUCUUCUCUUGAACCCUCUUCGGUCACUCAUUGAAAAAAAGACAGAAGGACAGAGAACGGGAUCACAGGAGGAUGUGACGUUUGAAGAUCCUCCGCUUGCAUCUGAUCAACUUGAUUUGAGACCAUUGGAGCAACAGAUGGAAGCUCUGACCCUCUAUGGCGUCUCCUCCACCCUCCUCUCACCUGGUCACUCAAUAGACACAGCAUGGGGUGUUGUUCAACGGCUUAUCUUGGCGCAAACUGACGGUGAUGUUGACAGUGAACAGAGGGAGGAUGUGGCAAAAAAGCGGCGCUACCUCCUGGAAGAAGUGGUUCACAAUACCUCUCCCACCAUCCUGCGAGCCUCUAUAAAGAACCACAUUGAUAACGUGGGAUAG